AUGACAGCCCUAACUCAAGUAUCUCCUCGUGCUAUCAACAAGACUCUCGGUAUCAAAUAUAUAACAGAAGAUGAGGAAGAUCUGCGGGUCAAGAAAUGGUUCCAGGAGCGGCACCACUGGCGUAGAAUGGAUGGCUUCGCUCGCUGCGGGAUGCGACCUGUCACAAUGCCGACUGGUGAGCGGGUAGUUGAAGAAAUGAAACCCACGAGCAAGUCUAGUGGCAAGGGGGACAAAUAUUUCUGGCAGAAUGAGCAAGAAGCCCAGCAGGACCAGCAAGAUCGAGAAGCUCAGCAGGGGGAUAUGAAGAGGCUUAGCGGGCCAUACUGA